AUGGCAGACGAUCUUGACGUGGAAGCAAUGCUUGAAGCACCUUUUCAGAAGGGUCAGGCUAUAUCGGAUGUUUAUAUGAUCAAUGCAGGCAAUGAUCCCUCAAAGGAAGAAGACAAAAGUACACAUUCCAGUGAAGGGCGGCGACGUCGUCGAAGUUCCUCACGUUCCUCCAGUUAUCGCCAUCGUUCUCGUUCGAGAUCGCAUCGUUCACUCGAUCACGUUCCCGAGAUAAAAGGCGAAGUCGUAGCCAGCGUAGGAGAAGUCGCAGCCCAAGUCGAUUUAGGCAGCGAGCGUCGACGCAGGUCUCCUACACCGCCCAUAGAUGAAGAAGAGCGAGACAAACGUACGGUAUUCGUAAUGCAACUUGCAGCACGUCUUCGAACUCGAGAACUAGCAGAUUUCUUUUCAGAAGCGGGGAAAGUUCGCGAUGCAAAAAUUAUUGCUGAUAGAAUAUCUAGAAGAUCUAAAGGAGUUGGUUAUGUAGAAUUUUAUGAUGAAGAAUCGGUGCCUAAAGCAUUAGCUUUAUCUGAACAGAAACUCUUAGGUAUCCCUGUUGUCGUUCAAUUGACCGAAGCAGAAAAGAAUAGACAGGCCAGACUGGCGGAAGCAGCGGCAUCACACGCAACAGACAUAGCCUAUCACAGGCUAUAUGUCGGAUCUGUUCAUUUCAACUUGACCGAGGAUGAUUUGAGACAAGUGUUUGAGCCAUUUGGACCACUAGAGUUUGUAAAUCUUCAUAAAGAUCCAGAAACCGGUAGAUCAAGAGGAUUCGCUUUUAUUCAAUAUAAAAACCCAGAAGAUGCGAAGCAGGCAUUAGAGAAAAUGAACGGAUUUGAGUUAGCAGGGAGGACAAUUAAAGUAGGUUUAGUUACUGACAAAAGCAAUGGCAUGAAUUUAAAUCUUGACGAUGGUGAUGUUGCUGGUUUAGCCCUCAAUGCUCAGUCGCGAGUGGAGUUGAUGCAGAAAUUGGCUCGUGACACCGAUCUGAUUACACCGACAACUGUUUCUGCCCCUGCGGAGCCACCGCGUCCUAUACAACCGAGGGUCAAUCCUACUCGCUGUGUCUUGUUGAAAAAUAUGUUUAAACCAGAAGAGGAGACAGAGCCGAAUUGGGCUGAAGAGCUCGAAGAGGAUGUAAAAAAUGAGUGUAUGAGAUAUGGACCAUUGGUUCAUGUUAGUGUAGAUAAGGAUUCAGCGGGAGACAUAUACAUGAAAUUCGACAGUAUAACUUCCGCACAAAAUGCAGUCAAUGGGCUUAAUGGUCGCUGGUUUGGUGGCAAUCAGAUUUCCGCUGUAUUCAUACCUGACAUGUUUUAUAACGUACGAUACCCUAAAUCUGCAAACCUCUGA